AUGCGCGCAACUAUUCCCUUGACUUUCCUCGCCUGUCUUGCACUCAGCGCCACCGGCCUCGCAGGCCAAACCCCCGGUUCCCCAGCCAUGCACUUCCAGGUCGGCAUGGCCGACAACUACAACGUCUACCCGGACGACUCGACGGGUUCCAAGGACGUCGCUGACACCAAGUCCUCUCGGAUCGGACUGAUGCGCAUGCAGACAUACUGCAAAGUGACGGGGACGUGUGUCGACUCGGACAAGACUUUUGAGGUGACGACGCCCACGUACAUCUCGUCAAGCGGUGGUGGUGUGAAGGAGUGGAGGGAUGGGGAUGAUGUUUGUGGGGAUGAUGGGACUAUUAAUACUGUGGAGGGCUCUUGUGAUUCUUAG